UCCUGUGGGACCACUUGGGAAUGCGUGUCAAUUCUAGGCGUUUAGUCGGUUUUUAACGGAUUUUGAAGGCUUCAUUCUUUUCCCCCAGAACUGACUGACGUCUACAGAAUAAAGGGGUCUGAUGUGUAUGAGGUCACCACCCCACCAUCUUCAGGGGCCAUGCCCUGUCUCCAUAGCAACAUCUGGCCUCAGGCCGCCCCAGAGUAAGUGUGGAUCAAACAGGGCCUAAGCAGGCCUGACGUGGACCAGACCAGGCUGAGUUGGGCUGAAGCAGGCCAGAGUGAAGCAGACACACCAUGCACCAGCUGUUUGGCCUGGUACUGGGCCAGAGGGACCUGUCCCGGGCUGGAGACCUCUUCUCCCUGGAGGACUCUGAGAUAGAGGACUGUCUCUCACAGGCCCUGGAGGAAAUCAAGGCUAUCUCCUGCUCUCCUGACUACCUGACCAAUGACAAUGACCAGGCGGUGGUGGAGAUCUGCAUCACGCGCAUCACCACGGCGAUCAGGGAGACACGGUCCAUCGAGCGCCAUGGGGGGGCUUUAGUGGGUCUGUGGGAGUCCUGUCUAGAACAUAACCUCACCCCCCAGGGCAAAGACGAAGACACACCCCAUGCCAAGAUAGCCUCCGACAUCACCAGCUGUAUACUGCAGAACUACAGUCGUCCCCCAGUGAUGGCUCUAGCAGUGCCGGUGGCAGUGAGGUUUCUACAGAGAGGCAACAGAGAGCUCAGUAGAAACAUGUCCAGUUAUCUCUCUCUGGCUGCCAUGGCUAAGCCUGAACUACUGGCAGAACACACAGAGGCUAUCACCUGCAGUGUGCUGGGAGGUAACCACAUGCUCCUACGCGUGCUGCCAUCCGUCUACACCAAACAGCCCCACGCCAUCCAUCGUCACCUAGGCAACCUGACGGCCAUGAUGUCACAGCUCGAGUCACCGGAGCAACAACACCUGCUGAGGCUGAUCCAGAUGGUCGCUGAGCAACAGCCACUGGUGCUGAGCCUCCUGGUGCCCUCCCUGGUUGGUUACCUAGGCGAUGCCUCUCUGAACGAGACCCUACUGGGCACACUGGUGGACGUGUCACAGGCUAGCCCCGCCUCCCUAGCCCCCUUCCUGCCCACGCUGAGGGUUGUGGGUCAGCAGUACCCAGUCCUGCUGGGACACGUGGUCAAAAUACACAGAGCUGUGGGCUUGACCAGUGAGUGUCAGGCCCGUAGCUCCCUGGUGUACCUGGUGUCUCUGCUGGGGACUAUGGAGCACAGUUUCCACCACACUCUGCUGCUGGAGAUCAGAGCCCUGACUGACAGAUACACCUCCAUCCUGGGAGGCUGUGCCAAAGACAUCUACAGGAUGAGUAACAGCUUCACCUCUAUAGCCAGACUACUGGGGAGAAGACUGGAGACAGACACUACUAUCAACUGCAGGGUUGAAGAGGAAUCAGAAGGCCCUCCUUCCCCUUGUAUCUCAGAGGCCAGUGUGUGUGGGGGUGCAGGGGGUUGUGGAGGCGGGUCAGAGCAGCAACUGCAGGUGAAGAUCCAGGCGUUUGAGGAGAAGAUGGGGGAUGAGGGGGGAGAGGGGGAGACAGAGGGUUGGCCAACUACACCCCAACGCAGAUACAGCAUGGGACAAGCCGCUAGAGAGGAACACAGAGAGAUGAGAUUUAACAGGUCAAAGAGUCUGGCUCUGCAUGCCGUGAGGUCACGUUCCGUCAACUCUGAUAGUGGUCAGGACGGAGAAGGAGUGGAGCUAACAUCUGACGCAUUUCUCUCAGAGUCCCCACCAAAUCGGCAAACAGAAGUGUUAGACACCUCUCCCACUGAGAGGGAACCUACCAAUGAGAGUUCCCUGUCUCCCUCCACCCCUCCGGCCACACCCUGUGAGGAACAGAGGAAUGGACAGGGAGAAGGGGAAGGAGGAAGAGGAGGGGGAAAGGGGGACACUGGAGAAGAGGACAAGCUGCACAUCCACCUGAGGGACAACAUGGAGAAGAUCAAAGAGUUCUGUUCGGAGAUGGUCCAACGGAUCCCCAUACCAGAACACUGUGUCAUAGAAGACUCAAGCCGUGGCUGUGUGGCGAAGCUGUCAUUCUCGUGCCCUCUAAAGGGGCAUUACUGUCUGUAUACCAAGUCCUGUUUCACCCUCACCAGCCGCCAGCCACACCUCUGGAUCAACAUCAUGCUGCUUCACCUACAGAGUAAGCACAGCGCUCCCCUCUCCUCUCUGGAUGACUGUGUGCAGAGGUUAAGGAGGCUGUGGGAGAGGACACAGCUAAAAGGAGCUCACAGCUUCUCCAUGGCCAUGACACAACACCCCACUCCAAACAGAAAGGACCUGGACAGUCUGCAGAUCCAUCUGGAGGAGGUGCGUUUCUUUGACCUGUUUGGCUUCAGUGAAGAGGAGGGCAGCUGGCUCUGCUUCAUGUGCAACAACCCAGAGAAGGCCACAGUGGUGAACGAGGAUGGCCAGCCGAUGAUAGAGGGGGAACUGAAGGAGAAGCAGGUUCGCUGGAAGUUCAUCAAACGCUGGAAGACUCGCUACUUCACCCUGGCAGGAAACCAGCUCCUCUUCCGGAAGGGAAAAUCAAAGGAUGAGCUAGAUGACAGCACCAUCGAGCUGAGCAAAGUGCAGAGCGUCAAGGUGGUGGCUAAGAAGCGGCGUGAGCGGGGUCUCCCUCGGGCCUUUGAGAUCUUCACGGACAGUAAAACAUAUGUCCUGAAGGCUCGUGAUGAGAAGCAUGCUGAGGAGUGGCUCCAGUGUAUUAAUGUUGCCGUGGCCCAGGCCAGAGAGAGAGAGAACAGAGAGGCCACCACCUACCUGUGACCUUAUGACCUGGAAGAUAUUCUACUGUGACCCGUUCCUGACCCAGAAACACAACACACAGCCCUGUACUACCAUCUACAAACAACAGCUGUGAUGUCCACUGUUUCGGAUCAUCUGACAGCCCUGUGAUGUCCACUGUUUCCGAUCAUCUGACAGCUCUGUGAUGUCCACUGAUUCUGAUCAUCUGACAGCCCUGUGAUGCCCACUGUUUCUGAUCAUCUGACAGCCCUGUGAUGUCCACUGUUUCCGAUCAUCUGACAGCUCUGAGAUGCCCACUGUUUCUGAUCAUCUGACAGCCCUGUGAUGUCCACUGUUUCUGAUCAUCUGACAGCUCUGUGAUGUCCACUGUUUCUGAUCAUCUGACAGCCCUGUGAUGUCCACUGUUUCCGAUCAUCUGACAGCUCUGAGAUGCCCACUGUUUCUGAUCAUCUGACAGCUGUUGGGCAGCUGAGACAUCAUUGCCAGCAUUUUGCCAUACAUUUAAAUGGGAUAUUGUUUCAGUAUUUCCAGCAAUAAGGAUCUUACUAACAAUAUGGAACUUCUAUUUCCAGCAAUAACAAUCUACAUAGUAAACCUAGCAAUAAGAACUCAAUAUGAACAGCAUUAGAACACUAUCUUGGCCCAGACAGUGAAGAUAAAAAGCCCUAAUGGAUACCAUAUGAGAGCAUUCUACAGCAAACAAACAGAAUUAGUGGCAUUACCAUUUGAGCAGUAUAAUUUAUUAAUAUACCGUAAUUUAAAAAGGACCCAGUGGUGUUAUACAGUGAGCUCCAAAAGUAUUGAGAAAGUUACAGACGCACAAAUAUCA